UUAAAACAGGCUUGUUUGAGACUUGAUUUCAGAACAGAGCAAAGGGCUGCAAUAAGAACACACACACACACACAAACAACCUCACACACAAGAACAGUAAAUACACUCGGACCCAGAAACUAAAACAGCAUGCCUGUAGAAGCAGUGAGGAAUCGCUCCAUGAUGGGGCGUUUCCCAGAUGUCACACUGAGCUGGGAGGAGCCAGAGAAGGCAAAAGUGGAGAAUGAGGAGGUGAAGAAAGAGGGGCCGUGUAAAAGUUGGUUCAGAAAACUGUGCCCCUGCUGCUGCCAGCAGGACACUGAUGAACACGAUGGCAUCGACACUACGAACACGGGGGUGACGGAGGAACCUGGGGAAAAGCCACCAACAGCUGCUCUUGAGUUGGAUGAGUUCCUGCUAGGCGUGCGCUCAAUAGACCUCCUGAAGUCUAAAACUGGACCAAACCGGGUAGAGCAUCACACAGACCGUUAUCAUAGUGAUAACCUUAUAAUCCGCCGGGGACAGACCUUUCAGAUGAGGAUAGAGCUAUCACGACCUUUUGACCCCACAACGGACAAACUGCAUCUGGAGCUCAAAAUUGGCCCCACCCCUAUUGUAUCAAAGGGUACCCUGGUGAUUAUUCCCCUGGUCGAGGACAUGCAGGACGAUCGCUGGGAGGCCAAAAUAACGGAAAAGAUAGGCAACAAACUCAAACUGUCCAUCAACUCCCUGCCUACUGCUGUGAUUGGCCGAUAUGACCUUACCGUGGUCACACAGACUCCAAAAGGAACACUCUCAUCAACCCGCAACCCUGAGAAUGACAUCUACAUGCUGUUCAAUCCCUGGUGUGAAGAGGACUCUGUGUACAUGGACAGUGAAGAGGAGAGGAACGAGUAUGUUAUGAACGAUGUGGGGAUGAUUUACUAUGGGACAGACAGUCAGAUUGGAGCCAGAACGUGGAACUUUGGACAGUUUGCUGAUGGGAUGCUGGCAGCAUGUCUGUUUAUACUGGAGCAGAGCCGAACUCCUGUGUCUGGCUGGGGAGAUGCUGUUAAUGUAGUCAGAGUGGUCUCUGCAAUGGUAAACUCCCCUGAUGAUCAGGGAGUGUUGGAGGGGAACUGGUCUGGAAAUUAUGUGGGUGGGACGUCUCCCACGGCCUGGAGCGGCAGCGUGGAUAUUCUGAAACAGUACCACAAAAGUGGAGGAUCCCCUGUCAAAUACGGACAGUGCUGGGUCUUCUCUGGGGUCACUACCACAGUGCUCAGGUGUUUAGGUAUCCCCUCCCGCUCUGUAACAAACUAUAGCUCCGCCCACGAUACCGACAUUUCGCUGACAACUGAUGUUUAUUUGGAUGAGAAUAUGGAGCCAAUCGAGGAGAUGAACGUUGACUCAGUUUGGAAUUUUCAUGUGUGGAACGACUGCUGGAUGUCUCGCCCCGACCUGCCGGCUGGAAUGGGUGGUUGGCAGGUGGUGGAUGCCACUCCUCAGGAGACCAGUCAGGGUUCCUACCGCUGUGGCCCGGCCUCAGUGUCGGCUGUCCGGAGCGGACAGGUUUACCUUAAAUAUGACGCGUCCUUCGUCUUCGCUGAGGUGAACAGUGAUAAGAUCUACUGGCAGAGGAAUGCCGAUGGCACAUUCUCCCAGAUCUACUGUGAGAAGAAUGUGGUCGGACGCUCCAUCAGCACCAAGGCUGUGGGCUCCAACGAGAGACAGGACAUCACACACCUCUACAAACACCCUGAAGGGUCCGAAGAGGAGCGCAUUGCUGUGGAAACUGCCUCUCGCUACGGCUCCAAGCCCAACACAUACACUGUUGCAGUCGCUGAGGAUGUGACUGUUGAAGUCAGAAUGCAAGGCCAGGGUCCACGAAUGGGUGAAGACGUCGAGCUGUCCAUCAUCCUCAAAAACAACAGCUCGAGCCCACGCAGCACUGUCCUCCACAGUCAGGUGGCAGUCAUGUACUACACUGGAGUGCACAAGGCCACUGUGAAGAAAGACGACGUUAUGGUAGAACUCCAGCCCAAUGAAGUCCAGACACUGGAGUGGUCUCUUCAGUACUCCAACUAUAAGGACCAGCUGGUGGACCAGGCAGCGCUGAUGCUCACCCUGUCUGGAAGGGUCACUGAGACCAACCAGGUCCUAGCCACCCAGUUCAACUUCCGACUGCGCACACCAGACAUCCUCAUCACUCCCAUAGGAGAUGCUGUGGUGGGGAAAGAGAUGUCAGCUAAAUUCACGUUUAGGAACCCCUUGCCACGCAUUCUGAAGAACGUCAAGUUCCGUAUUGAGGGUCUGGGUCUGCAGAACGUCAGAGAGAUCUCCUAUGGUGACGUGGCCAGUUAUGCUGCAGUCAGUAUGACGGAGAAGUUCAUUCCGACACUGUCCGGCCCACGGAAACUUCUAGCUUCUCUGGACUGCCAGCAGCUCACUCAGGUUCACGGUGUUGCCGAUAUUGACAUCAAGGAGAAGUAAAAACAUGCCAGGAUUUGAACUUAUUCCAAGAAAUGCACUCAAUCAGUCUGUAUUAUGCCCAAGACUGCAGUAGGGAAAUGAGAUGGAACACUGGGGUAGUACAGGUUUCCAUCUGUUAACUUUUACUACACUGAGCCAUUGAGGAUUCACUGAGGAUUCCAAGGAAUGUUCAAACCCUCUGAAUAAUUAAUUGGUAAUGAUAUGAACAAAUUCAUGCAGAGUAGUUUGGCGUAAAUCUUAAAUCCUUUUUUCUAAAGAAAUUGUCUACAGUGGUUAUAAAUUUUCUAGUGUGCCAAUAUAUGUUCACUGCAAGGCUGGGUUAAAGGCGGAGGCUAAAAGUAUCGUCACUUUGGUUGUCAACACUGGCCAGUGUGCUCAUGGCAAGGCAACAUACAUUAUUUCAGUUUAAGUGAAUGUGACCAUACAAUAAACAUGCAACAGAGCCCUCAAAAUUUGAAUCAUUAUUUUUAAUGCAGGUGCACACACCGCCAUUAUGUGCUUAGGGACGUCGAGCCUUGUUUGAUUACUCAGUGCACCACACACACAGUAUUUAUUUAUUAUUACAUUAAAUUAAACAAAAAUGGCAAAAAUAUAUGACUUGGAAAUUAAAUGAUAUGACAAAAAUACAGUAUUUUAAAGAAACAGUGAGGAACCUGGUUUAUCUCUGUACAUCAUCACAUCUUGCUCACACAAAGCCCCCUUGUGGGUUAUAGAUAAAGGGAAGCUGAUUAACAAACUCAUCGUUUUAGAUAAUAAAUUAUGUAAUCAUGUUGAAAUGUUGCCUGUACAACAUCUCCCACAAAUCAGUGCAGGUUUCUUUUACUUCCACUGAACAUGGCAAAAGUGAUGGCAAAAAUGAUGGGACACAGUACAUAUUCCUCUUUUCCAUUACUUUUGGCAUUGUAGCUCUGUUUACCCACACUGUAAAAAAGAGUAAGCUUCUCUACAAAAUGCUGUUUUACAUCAAGCACAAUCGGAAUCGGAAUGACAUUGCAUCAACUUGUCUUGGCUAUAAAUAAUUUGCAUUAGCAACCACUAUUGACUUACUACACAAACAGUCUGAAACAAGCUGAACUGUUUUUAUUACAAGCUCUUCCUUUGAAGGAUUUAACUGCACCUAACGGCCUCGAAAAGCUAGUUAGAACAUGUAGCAACAGAAUAUCCUGAUCUACUUUUAAUAGAUGUAUUAUGCUUUUGUGUAUAAAGUUUAUUUAUCAUAUUUAUCUGCUGAGAAAUAUUUUAAGAUGAAUUUUAAAGGAUUUGUAAAGUUUUUUUUGUGUAUUUGUAAAAUAUUUUGUGAAAUUUUGUGUAUAUGUGAAAAUGUUUUUUUUUUUUCUAUGACAAAAAAUGUGGGGCUUCGGUAUUGAUUUAUGGGGAUUAUUAGUCAGUCAGUAUGAAAAAUUCAGUAUUCCUGUAAUUCUGUUUCCAAUAAAUAAGAAAACGCUUUUGUAA